AUGGACAAUUUCUGGAGAGCUGCAAGUCGCGUUAAGCCUUUGUCCCGCUGUAAAAUCGAGGCUAGCGAGCUUAAUAAAUGUCUGACACUAGUAGACCUGGUGGCUUAUGGUGUGGGCUGCUCAGUGGGGGCCGGCGUUUACUCACUUGUUGGAGUAGGAGCGCAAAUUGCCGGGCCAAGUAUUUCCUUAUCCUUUCUCGUCAGCGGGAUCGCCUGCAUCUUCACGUCACUCACGUAUUCGGAAUUUGCUGCUCGCGUUCCUGUUACCGGCUCGGCGUACACAUUCGUGUAUAUCACUUUUGGUGAGCUAGCUGCCUGGCUGAUUGGCUGGAACCUUACUCUUGGAUACGGCAUUUCGGCAGCUGGCAUUUCACGAAGUUGGGCUUCGUACGUGCACCGAUUCCUGCAGCAGUGGGGUUUAGACUUUCCCCACUGGCUCUUUCAGAUUAAGAUUCUUAGCGUUAAUUGUAGCAUACUGGCUGCAUUGCUCAUCAUCUGCUGCACAUUCAUUCUUCUUGCUGGUGUUCACGAAUCUGCCAAGUUUAAUGCAUUUGUGACCCUGCUUAACGUCUCAGUACUAAUUUUCGUGAUGGCGUUUGGAAGCACCGAGAUGGAUGCAGCGUAUUGGCAGCCGUUUAUGCCCGCUGGCUUUCAUGGUGUUCUAACAGGAGCUGGGGUAGUCUUUUUUGCGUACUUGGGGUUUGAUAUGGUGGCUUGUCUUGCAGAGGAAGUUCAUGAGCCCCAACGCACUUUGCCUAAAGGAAUAAUUGGAUCGCUUGUGAUCUCAAUGACCAUUUAUGUCGGAGUGUCGCUCAUUGUAACUGGAAUGGCCCCUAUUGAUAUUCUUGGCAAAGAUGUUCCUUUGAUCAACGCUUUUUCAUUUCACAAUGCGCCAUGGGCUGGACAGAUUGUAUCGUUCGGUUCUAUUUUUGGGCUUACUACUGCUGCAUUCACUUGCCUAAUGGGUCAACCACGCAUUUUCUACCAAAUGGCAAAAGAUGGUUUGAUGCCUUCGCUCUUCGCCAAAUUACAUGAUAGAAGUCAAGUCCCUGUUGCCAGUACAAUAUUUACUGGAGCUUUAGUAGCUUCAAUCGCGUUCAUAUUUGAUUUGAGCUUUCUGGCAAACGUCAUUUCGUGCGGAACGCUACAAGUUUUUACCUUUGUAAAUGCUGUCUGUCGCUGUCUUUCGUGCAAAGUGGAUAAUCUGGUGGCUACAUUUCAGUGCCCAUUGGUUCCAUUCGUGCCAUGCAUGGGAAUUCUUGCCAAUGUGUAUAUGGUGUCAAGCAUCCCUAGCGAGGGGUGGAUUGGAGUUUUGAUAUGGUCAGGAGUAGGAUUGAUAGCUUAUUUGUGCUACGGAAUCCGCAACAGUUUGCUGAAUGACCCUGCCAUCUUACAGCCGCUAAUAUAA